AUGAAGUCGGGGUUGUCGAUUGCGAUGCAGACACAGCCUGCUCCGGCUGAGAGGAGUUCCGAGGAACGGUCACCAAACUAUCAGGUUGAAUUUACGCCUAAAGAGGAAUCCGAUAUCGCUUCUCAGAUGAGUGCGACGAACAUGGUCACAACAACAGCGACCACAGAUAAAAUAGACGACCCUUCUGCGUCAGUUCCUGACUUGAGUGGAUCACUUCCUUCGACUUCUUCGAUAGCAUCGAGUGCGUCGUCAUCAUCGUCAGAUCUUAUGCCAAUGCCACCGCUAGAUUUUCCGCUGGAUCUGGAGUUGGAGUUGCCGUUACCGAUUCUCGACAGUAACUGGGAUCUGGAUACUGGUAUGGGGAAGAUGAAUACAACAAGUGGGCUGGGUGGUAUAUGGCCGCUGGAUCAGACAGGAUUCUGCGGCCUGGAUGAUAUGUCUGUGUUCCCUGGACAGAAUACGCAGUUUUGGGUUGGGGAGUUGUAA